AUGCAACCGCUCGACGGCCCAAUUUGCAUCGUUGGGGUUGUGUUAUACUCGAAGGUUUGGCGCGCGUUUGACCGCGGGCUCUACCAAUUCUUCAAGCGCUACAUCUUCAUCCCAAUCUGCGCGCCCAGCUUCUCGCUGCCGCGCAAGAUUUGCGGAGUGCUGGUGUCGUUCGGAUUCGUGCUACUGUGGCACGGGUUCUACCAUCAUAAUUACGUGUGGAUUGGACUGAACGUCGUCGCACUGUUUAUCGAAAUGUCGAGCAAGGCCUUCUACGGGAUUGAGGGUGUGAAAAUGUGGCGUGAGAAGAAUAUUUCGGACGUUAAUUUUAGACGCAUCCUUGGCAUCCUCCAAAUCGUCCCCUACGCCUUUGGGUUGUACUCAAAUUUCUACUUUUUGGGCGGAUCAGAGGUCGGCCAACUCUUCGUGCGGCGCAUUUUCGAGGAAGAGACCGUAACGCUGCGAUGGCCCUUCUUUUUGCUGAUAUUCCUUGGGUACUUCUACGUGCAAACAACAAUGGAGGUCGACCGGAAAAAGGCGCUGGCGCUGAAGGAAAAGGAAAAGCCAAAAGCCGCA